CGCGUUCCAAAUGCUUACCGUCUUUCCCUUUGCUUAACCACUUAACCAUGGUUAGGAACCCCUGCGAACCAUGGUCAGUUCCACCACAGGGCUCUGGUUAGCCCCGAGCCUCUUCGCGGAUCUGCAUAAACCAGGGCUUCGGAGAUGGAAUCUCCUUUGAUUUCCUGGCCAAAUUAUGUGAAUCUCGCUUGUAUCUUCGACCUUUCUCUUUGCUCGUUUUGAUCCCUUGUCGUCGACAAUCGUGUCUGUGGAAUUCUCCAAAUGGAGACUCAGACAAUCAUGGAUUUUCCUCUCAAAAACAUGGAUAAACGUCCCAGAAAGAGAGCUCGACUGACUUGGGACAUGCCCCCUCCCGUUCCACCACCUCCCAAGAAACAACUGGAAAGGAAGAAACUACGGAAAAUUGUCACUGUCCUUCCAGCAAUAUAUUAUGGGCAAGAACUUGCCGAUGUGACAGUUCCCAAUUAUGCUUAUUCUUCUAUGUAUUCCAGGGGAGUGCCGCGUGCUGGAUCUCCUCCUUGGAGACCUGAUGAUAAAGAUGGUCAUUAUGUCUUUGCCGUUGGGGAGAACUUAACCCCUCGCUACAGGAUUCUGAGCAAAAUGGGUGAAGGGACUUUUGGGCAAGUAUUAGAAUGUUUAGACAAUGAAAGGAAAGAAAUAGUGGCAAUCAAAAUUGUCCGUUCAAUACACAAGUACCGUGAAGCUGCCAUGAUCGAAAUUGAUGUCUUGCAGAAGCUUGCCAGGCAUGAUAUGGGCGGCACACGUUGUGUGCAAAUACGGAAUUGGUUUGACUAUCGUAAUCAUAUUUGUAUUGUAUUUGAGAAGCUUGGACCAAGUUUAUAUGAUUUUCUCCGCAAAAACAGCUACCGUUCAUUUCCCAUUGAUCUUGUUCGGGAGUUUGGCAGACAACUUUUGGAAUCUGUAGCAUUUAUGCACGAUUUACGCCUAAUUCAUACAGAUCUGAAACCAGAAAACGUUCUUCUUGUCUCAGCAGAAUAUGUUAAAGUGCCAGAUUACAAGUUUAUCACACGGUCCACCAAAGAUGGUUCCUAUUUCAAGAAUCUGCCAAAGUCAAGUGCUAUUAAACUAAUUGAUUUUGGGAGUACUACAUUUGAACAUCAGGACCACACCUACGUGGUAUCAACACGCCAUUAUCGUGCCCCGGAAGUAAUUCUUGGCCUUGGAUGGAAUUAUCCAUGUGACAUAUGGAGCGUGGGCUGCAUACUUGUCGAACUUUGUGUGGACCGAUCCUCGGGGAAGAUGAUUGGCAGUGCUGAGGAGAAAGAUGGACUAUAUUGGUUUUCCAAUAACAAGAAUUCUCUUAGUCAAGGGGAAGCCCUUUUCCAGACACAUGAGAACUUGGAACAUCUAGCUAUGAUGGAGAGAGUGUUGGGGCCACUGCCGCAACAUAUGAUUAUUAGAGCAGACCGCCGCGCUGAGAAAUAUUUCAGGAGGGGUGCACGACUGGAUUGGCCUGAGGGUGCCACCUCAAGAGAAAGUAUGAGAGCAGUUUGGAAAUUGCCCCGUCUACAGAACCUGAUAAUGCAGCAUGUGGAUCACUCUGCUGGUGAUCUGAUUGAUCUCUUGCAAGGGCUCUUGCGGUACGAACCUGCAGAUAGGCUCAAAGCGAGGGAAGCUCUCCGACAUCCGUUCUUCACAAGAGAUAUGAGAAGAAUAACAGAUUGGAGAAUGAUCGUACUGGAGAGGAGCCUUUUCUGCACUUAAAAGGCGGGCUGGGCUUCACAGCUUGAGUUAUGUCGCCAAAGCUGCUGCCAAAUCUUACCAACUUCAUUGGUGCUGAUGGCUAUCAAGUUUGCCAUUACACAAUGUGCUGGAGUUACAGGCUUUAAUGUAAGCAAUUUGCAAUUCAAGCCUAUGUUAUGCAGUUGCUAUGUACAGGUUGCUGGAAUCACAUAAAUGAAGGGGUACUGAGGCCAUUGCUUUUGUUGAUCCUCACCUGCUCAAGUUACAUUAUUCGAGUCAUUGAACCUUCAAAGAGGAGGAAUUUUAGGGAAAGCCCAAGGAUCGUGGCAGUAAAAGAAAGCCUUGUGUACAUGUAAAAAUGUUCCGAGUCGUCCUUGACUUUUUUUUUUUUAAUAUAUUUUUUUCACAAUGAACUUAUCGGGCACGCAUAAUAAUUUAAAAAUCAAGUAAGCAUCAAGACAUUUGUGUUUU